AUUAAAUUAUAUUACAAAAAUCAGCCUGAACUUUAGCAAUUGGGAAAGAAAAAGAGGAUGAAUAUGCAAGGAUUGUUUGUUUCCGUUAUAGUUAUUGUUUUCAUACUCUCUACCGGCACCCAAGGGUCUAUUACUUCUGCAUCUCUUCAAUGUAACAGAGAAUGUACGAAGGAAAAGUUAGAGUGUUCUAACGAGUGCCGUAUGGAGGAAGAGGCCAUUGACCGACCAGAAGUUAUCGGAUGUCUUCGAGAAUGCAGGCUUGAAACUGAAGAAUGCGAGAACGAAUGCGCCUGCCUGAGUCUUUGCGCUCGAGAACUACAAGGUUGUGAGAAGAGUUGUCAGUCACAUCCGUUUCAGAAUGACCACAAUAAAAGUGAAUGUUUAGAGGAGUGUUCUCAUGACGCCGAGGAAUGUAAAGACGUCUGUGACGAGUAGAACGUUCGCUCUGAUACAUUAACUUUAUUUAAAUUUUCACGAUUUUUAAUCUUGAAAUGAUGAGAUUUGUGGAUUCAUUACCUAAAGUUAUACAAACUUUCCAGAUUUGACUGAAUCGAAUCAUUGUAUGAUGAAAUAUUAUGAUACCGUUCCUCUGUAAGCUUUUGUUAAUGCAGUGUGUUUGUACAUGUGAAAUUAAAUACAAAUUCAUCUUCAAUGUGUAA